GCAAUUUUUUACAUGGAAACAUGAAAAUGAUUAAAAAUAUAAGAAAACUUACCUGAACCCGUCAUUUCGAUUUCCCUCCGGAUCAAAUAUAUUUAUCGAAGAUCCGUGGUUUCACAAGUCAAUUCCGCACACCCAAAAUAUGUCUGCCCUUUUUAAUUUUCACUCUUUUUUGACGGUUGUGUUGCUCGUCAUCUCUACAUGUACCUUCCUCAAGAUGCAGUUCCCUUCCAUGCUUCAACAGAAAACUGGGUUUCGGGGAUUCUUUUGGAAGGCUGCUAGAAUAGGUGAACGUUUAAGCCCGUGGGUGGCCGCCGGAUUUUUAUCAAUGGGCUUAUCAAUUCUAUUAUUCUAAAAUGGUUUUCUUUGUAAAAUUUGAAUCAGUUCUGACUCAAUGUUCAUCACAUUUUAUUGGUUAUUACAUGUGUUAUCUGCGUAAACCCCGUAUUUAAGGGUUCUCUUGGCAUGUAUAAUUUGUCCUUUCACCCAACCCCAGCACAUAGUUGUGAAUAACCUAAUGAACUCUGAAAAAUGACAGUACAUUUUAGUUUAAUUAGGUUUGCAAACCAUAAAUAAAUAACAACAAUUAGUACUCUGAAAUUAUUGAAAAAGACAUUUAGAAGUUACUGUUCUGGUGGAUUGAAUGUGAUAUGAUUACAUUUCUCACCAGAAAAUGCAAGAGGAAGGUAUGCAAUUUAUGAACUUCAGACAUUGUUUUAGGUAAUGAUGGCAUUGCAUCUUAAAAA